CUGCAACAUUAUCCUUUCCUCGACUGCUGUUGUUUUUUGUUUAGGCUAUUCCAAUUUGAAACUAGAUCAAUGUCGCUACUGGCCGACAUCGAGGUCAUGCAAUUUCACGAAGUGUGUCCCAUAGCCCCAUGAUUGGGCAUUCAAUUUAGCCAGACUUCAUCCAUCGGUGCCAGGCUAGCUAUGUCUGGUAAGGCGUGCUACAAUCCUUUCACCCCAAGGAUGCGAUUCAUCCCCGUGGGGCCAUUUGGAUGCCAUGGAGGGGCUAUGAUUAGGCAUGGUUUGUCAUCGGCGCAGGUUCGGCAUUGUGGAGGUCGGAUUGGAUUAUAUCCGCCGGUUGGAUACAAGCUUCGUGGCGGGCGGCCUGGCAAUGGUUACGCCCGGUGGUGCUUGGCAAGCGCUAGCCGGGUGACACGGUUGAAUGAUGACAUCAAGUACUUGAGCUUCUGCGACACGUGGAAUGUCACCUCGCUACUAGACUACAGCCAUCCAGUGUCCAAUGCUAAAAGCCCCUUGCGUCUUACACUCUGCGCUGGCGUAUUCCGGCCACCCAACCGAUCAAUGCCUGAUUCCGCUCGGUCGCACUUGCGGAUUCCUUUCCAGGUAUUCAAGUCCGAAGCCAACAACUGGUCGUGCCGUCAGCCGGGCCCACUGGUGACUCACGCGACUUCCUUGACUUGGGGUCACGGUGCCAUGGGGAAAAAGGGGGUCAGCUCGGGGAUCCCCACGGGGAUGCCGGUGAGUGAACAGAGUUUAGGUAGCCUCGGUUACCCUCCGAGAAGGGACAAGCGAGUCCCGGCUGCGAUCAUUCUGCAUUUCAUUCGCUCAAUGCCAUGCAAAGGAAGGUAA